AAACUAUCUCAAUAGAUUUGCGGAAAUAUUCACAAAAUGUCAAUUUGAAAAGGUAGUAGCAUGUUGUCAGGAAAAAAAAAGAAUCAAAAUGGGAGGUAGUAAGAAGCAUGUUGUCACCAGAACCACUCCUUCUCUUGCAAUUGUUGCAACAAAUCCUCAUGACAACAAAGAUGUUGUUCCAAUUGAAGCACCGAUUGUCUCAUCUUACAAUGACCGGAUCAGGCCGUUGCUUGACACUGUUGACAGGCUAAGGAACCUCAAUGUGAUGAGAGAAGGGAUCCAGCUUCCCACCAUUGUUGUGGUUGGAGACCAGUCCUCAGGGAAAUCGAGUGUUCUUGAAUCCUUGGCUGGAAUCAGUUUGCCUCGUGGGCAAGGAAUCUGCACUAGGGUUCCUCUUGUCAUGAGACUUCAGCGAAGCUCUAGCCUUGAACCUGAGAUUUGGCUUGAGUACAGUGACAAAGUUGUUCCCACAGAUGAAGAACACAUCACUGAAGCUAUUUGCGCUGCAACAGAUGUGAUUGCAGGAUCUGGUAAAGGGGUCUCAGACGCUCCAUUGACCCUCCAUGUGAAGAAGGCUGGUGUUCCAGAUCUUACCAUGGUCGAUCUUCCUGGAAUAACUCGAGUUCCAGUGAAUGGACAGCCGGAAAAUAUUUAUGAGCAGAUCUCUUCAAUGAUCAUGAAGUACAUCGAGCCUCAAGAAUCAAUAAUCCUCAACGUUCUGUCAGCUACGGUGGAUUUCACCACAUGUGAAUCCAUUCGCAUGUCAAGACAAGUUGACAAAACAGGGGAACGGACUUUGGCUGUUGUCACAAAGGCAGACAUGGCUCCUGAAGGACUCCUGCAGAAAGUAACAGCAGAUGAUGUGAGUAUAGGUCUAGGUUACGUCUGUGUCAGAAACCGCAUAGGAGAAGAGACAUAUGAAGAAGCAAGGCUUCAAGAAGAGUUACUUUUCAGGACUCAUCCAAUGCUAAGCUUGAUCGAUGAUGACAUUGUUGGCAUCCCGGUUUUAGCUCAGAAGCUUAUGCUUAUCCAAGCAACGAUGAUUUCCCGCUGUUUGCCUGAAAUUGUUCGCAAGAUCAAUCACAAGAUGGAAACCGCUGUCCUUGAGUUGAACAAGCUACCAAUGGUAAUGGCUUCUACCGGAGAAGCAUUGAUGGCAUUGAUGGACAUCAUUGGUUCUGCCAAGGAGUCACUCUUAAGAAUUCUUGUCCAAGGAGAUUUCUCUGAAUUCCCAGAUGAUCAGAACAUGCACUGUACUGCUCGCUUGGCUGAUAUGUUAAGCCAAUUCUCAGACAAUCUGCAAGCAAAGCCAAAGGUUGUGAGUGAGUUCUUGAUGGAUGAAAUCAAGAUCCUUGACGAAUGCAAGUGUGUUGGAUUGCCCAAUUUCAUCCCGAGAUCAGCUUUCUUGGCCAUUCUCUCACAACACGUUGAUAAUAUUCAUGACAAGCCAGUUGAGUUCAUCAGGAAGAUAUGGAACUACAUUGAAGUUGUUCUCUCAUCAGUCAUUACCAAGUACUCGGAAAACUUCCCACAGAUCCAAUCAGCCAUCAAACGUGCCGGUCGAAAUCUAAUCACCAAGAUCAAGGAACAAUCAGUGGAGCGAGUGAUGGAGAUAGUUGAAAUGGAGAAGCUGACGGAUUACACAUGUAACCCUGAGUACAUGACGUCUUGGACUCAGAAGACUGCUGAACAACAAAAAUUCAUUCAUGCUGUGUUGUACGAUGGGAAUAAACCUGAGUUCUUCUCCUUAAAUGGAUUUGGGAUUGUUCCAAUCUCGCACCUACGGAAAUAUCAUGCACAUUUGCUCCAGCAAGCGUUCGAUAUGAAGAUGAGGAUCACAUCCUACUGGACGAUCGUCUUGCGUAGGAUUGUUGACAGCCUUGCGCUGUAUCUUCAGCUAUCUGUGAAGUAUCUUGUGAACAGUCAAUUUCAGAAGGAGAUUGUGGCGGAGAUGGUGGAUCCAAGAGCUGGCGGAGGAGUUGAGAGGAUGCUGGAGGAGUCUCCGUCGGUGGCGAGCAAGAGAGAGAAGCUGAAGAACAGUAUCAAGCUUCUGAAGGAGUCCAAGGAUGCUGUUGCCGCCAUUGUUGAUCAGAGUUCUGGGUAUGGUGAUCGCUGAUCGAUUGUUUCUUUCGUGGAGCUUUGGUGAAGUCGGGUCGGGUUAUGGAUUAAUUUGCUUCGGUUAAGUCGGGUCAGGUUUUUUAGGGCUCUCUGAUGGGUUUCUGUUUUGGAGUUGGGCCCUUUGUGUUUUUCUUUGAACUUUCGGAUUUUCUCGUUUAUGUUUGUAAUAUUUUGUGUGUGGUAACGAUUAAGCUAUUAAGCUUAAUAACGUUACGUUGGCCUCUUUUACCGUUUGAAUGAAUUUCAUAAAAUUAC